AUGAUGGAAAUGUUAUAUAAUUAUCGAUACUGGGAAAUAUCAGCCGAAAAUUAUAGUGAUAUAGAACUAAUAAAAGAUGACAAUAAGAAUGCUAUAUGCAAUACAUUGAAUGAUUCAAAGAAGAAAGCUCAAGGCGAUGAUUCGAAUAGUCAAGAUAAAUAUGAAGAAGACGAUAAAGAAAAACAAAAGAAUUUGAAUAAUCAAGAUAAAUAUUUAGAAAUAUUUAUAAAAUAUACAAAAGAUGAUUUGCUUAACUUAAUAAUUGAAUACACAAUGUUUAAUGUAAAAUCAGAAGGUAAUUUAUCUAUAGAUAUGAAGGAGCGUAUAGCAAAAGCAAUCACAGCCCAGGAACCAAAAAGUAAAGAAAAUAAGGUAAAUGAUUUAGGACGUACAUUGAUGUUGAUGAAUAUAUUUUCUAAGAGUAUAGAUAAAGAAGUACUUGAAAAACUGAGCCGUAUUGAUUUGAAAAUAUUGAAGAAAGUUGCCAUGGAUGCUUAA